GGCUCUCACAGCUUUCGCUAUUAAAAGACUUCUGCACAUAGUUAGCAGGACCUGUAAAGAAAGUGUAAACGUGGCAGAAAAAAACGAAAGUUUGUCUUUUUCUGUGACUUUAUUGUUGUUACCGAAUGUGCAUCCUCUCCCUCGAGACUGGGUGUUAUUAACAGGACUGCUACACUGUAUCUGCGUGACCUGCCGUGUGCUCUCAAUGGGGAUUUUCUCCAGGCUUAGUUUCUGUAUGUUGUCAACUCUAUGAGUAAUUGGAUGUUGAAGUGUUUUUAAUGUUCGCAUAUGUUUCCUUUGUGAAGUUGCGAACUUUAAACUUCCUUUAAACCAAUAAUCAAAAAUAAUAAUGUAAUCAAAAAUAUGAAAAAAGACUUUCAUCACCAUUUCCCUACGCUGAGGAGUCGCCACUCUGCGCCGGAACACAGAGCAGUUCCAAAGACAGCAGGCAGGGUGCUGCAGUGAAAGGGGCUAGUCUCCUUUAACAUUUAUGUCCACAGUAGUGACCACUAAGCAACGGUUGUUAACCCACAGAGCUGUUGCCUGUGGCUUUUGAGGAUAAGGCUUGUUUGUGUAUUUGGGUUUGUGUGUCUCUGGUGUAUUGCGAGUCAAAGACUCUCUCUGUGGUCCCCUUGAGUUUUUCAGUGGCGGUGGAAAAUUCUCAUUGGGGUCUUUUAGACAGUAUACACAAACUUCUUAAAAACAUCGACACUCAACACUUCAUCGACGGGGGUCAGCUCACACACACCCCCGACAUGCUAGUUUACGUGAACGCAUAAGCACUCAGUGUAACAAUGACACAUACACACACACAUAGUCCGAGAUGCACUCUCUCACUCAUACACAUACACACACACAAACACACAAGCUCACUAUGACACACUUUAGGGUUGCACCAGCCAAUCACAGUGGAGUGGAGUUGGUCCCCCAGUAGUGGGUGGGAGAGCAGUUGAAACAGAAGUCUGUCUCAGGGCAGACAAGUUUGUGUUGGUGGUUAAGAGAACUUUUACCUUCAUUUUCCCCGAGCCUGCAUUUUUGUAAUUUUUUUGAGUGGAUCUAAAGGGGAAUAAUUUGACUAUAAAUGGCUGAGUUGGUACGAAUCCGUAAAAAACGUCUGCAGAUUCCUAUAUCUAGGCUACGGGGCAUGCUGAAGCAACUGGAGGAGAAAGAUGUAGACUACGAUGAGAUAAAGAAGAAUUUAGCCCUCACGGCAUCACUGCUAGAAGCUGCCUACCUCGAUGGAACUAGACAAUCAUUAGACUCGGAGGACGACCUCCAGCAGCUGCACUCGGACGGCGUGCCCUCGGAGGUCACCGAUUGGCUGGCCUCCACCUUCACUCAGAGAACCAGACUUCCUGGCCGCCGCUCGGACGAGAAGCCCAAGUUCCGCAGCAUCGUCCACGCAGUGCAGGCCGGGAUAUUUGUGGAAAGGAUGUUCAAGCGGGCCUACACGGCCGCCAUGCCGGACCAGCACCCAGCCGUGGUCACCUGUCUGAGGGAUGUCGACCGCUGGAACUUUGACGUGUUUGCGCUGAACUCGGCCAGCUGUGACCACUCUCUACAGACCCUGCUGUUCGAGUUGGUGGUCCGAUAUGAGCUCAACAGCCGCUUCAAGAUCCCCAUUUCCUGCCUGACGGAGUUCCUGACCUCGCUUGAGAGGGGCUACUGUGAGAACAACAACCCUUACCACAGUCACGUUCACGCCGCCGACGUCACCCAGACGCUGCACUGCCUGCUCCUGCGCACCGGCCUCGUGCACUGGCUGUCUGAGCUGGAGGUGAUGGCCUGCCUGUUCGCUGCGGCCAUUCACGACUACGAACACACGGGCACCACCAACAACUUCCACAUCCACACCAAGUCAGAGUACGCCCUGAUCUACAACGACCGCUCGGUGCAGGAGAGCCACCACCUCAGCGCAGCGUUCAGGCUCCUGCAGGACGACCGCAUGAACAUCUUCGUGAACCUGACGCGGGAGGAGUGGAUGGAGCUCCGGUCACUGGUGAUAGAGAUGGUCUUGUCAACAGAUAUGACCUCUCACCUCCUUCAAGUGAAAGACAUGAAAUCUUGUCUACAACAACAGGAACGAAUCAACAAGCCCAAAGCGCUGUCCCUGUUGCUGCACACGGCUGACAUCAGUCACCCCUCCAAGCCCUGGGCUCUGCACUCUCGCUGGACGAAAGCUCUCAUGGAGGAGUUCUUCAGGCAGGGCGAUAGAGAGGCAGAGCUGGGCCUGCCCUUCUCUCCACUGUGUGACCGGAACACCACCCUCGUAGCCGACUCCCAGAUCGGGUUCAUAGACUUCAUCGUGGAUCCCACAUUCUGCCUGCUGUCAGACAUGGCUGAGAGAAUCGUCAUUCCCUUGGUGGAUGAGAACCCUCCAGACCCACGCAGCAGACACAGUAACAUCUGGAAGGAGAGCUCCAGAGGCCUGGAGUGGAGCCGGGCCCACGUCACCUCUGAGCUGGUCAGCUUCCGCACCACCUGGUCCCGUCUCACAGAGGAGAACAAGCUCAAGUGGAAGGAGAGCGGCUCCAAUGGAUUCCCCGACUCCAGCAUGACGAGAGAGGAGAAAACCGGAGAUGGGAGGCAAUCAGCAGAGAGCCUGCGAGCGCCCACUCAUGACACGGACCAGUAGACAGGCUUGGUGUUGUUGUUGUUAUCCUGUCAACGCACAACGAUAAUCCAUAGGAAAACAGACACAGCCCAGUCGUUGAACUUGGGUUACAUUGGAACUAUUUAAAUACUGUUUAGAGUCAGAAGUGUAUGUAAGGGUAUGGACCCUACCCUACCUGUAGGGUCCAUAUCCUACUGGUAGAGUGUGGACAUUGGGCAUUAAAACCAGAACCUUUCAGCUGGGAGUAGAACUCCCUAUCACCUUCCAAAGAUAGAAACACCCACAAAGCCCCACCUAUAAUUCUGAUUAUAUUACACAGUUAUGCAGUUAUUCAACUGCAAACAUGUUGGCCAUGUCCAAAGAACUUACGUAAUUUCAUAUACAAAAUCCACUGUAGCGUAACCUGCAGGUCACUUAGUUAUGUAUUCAUAAAAGGUUAGAUAUUAUUAGUGUCAUUAUUUGUAUUCUUGUAUAGAUUAUUUCAAUGAGGCAGGCCUUAUUAAUGUAGAAUAUGAAUUAGGAAUUAUGUAAAUAGUAUUUUCCGUAGAAUGUGUGACAUUCUCUCCUGUGACCUGUCAAAAACAUCACAAACUUAAAAUAUAUGUUUUUGUUUACACUGGGAAGGUUUUGGUGUAUUUCUUUAAGAGAUCCUAACAUGGAAGUUGAUGCACUUUCUUAUCCAAAGCAACAAACCAAAGUCCUUUGGGAAUGAAUUACUACAACUAAAUUACGACUACUACUAUGACUAAUGUAUACGUUAUAUUUGGUUAACAAAUUAUUUUUUUAUUAUUUUUUAACGUGUCUGUCUAAUGUACUCAAAUUGAGGUAAUUCAAUCAACUUUUCUUGCAUUUAGCUGAUUAAAAUGUCAUCUUCUACAAGUCUACACCAAUGGCACAUUCCAACCUUUUCAUACCAUCCUGGUUUCACGUUUAAUAAAUUCUUACUAGUAUGACUUUGCAGUGUAUUAACAUUUGAUCUAGUUAUUCGUAAACCGAAGAAGAUAGCAAUUUUAGAUGUUUUAUUAUUGUAACCUUCCACAGGAUGUCUGCUAUGCAGAGACACAAUUAUUCUGUUGAGAACUGGUCAUUUAGAGUGCUCUUGGGCAAAAUAAGGAACACUUACUUGCCCAGUUAGCGGUAAUUGCUCUGCACAAAGAGAUAUACGUAACAUUUUGUGAUGCAACGUGUCUGUAUGUCCCAUUUAUUCUGAAAAAUGUGUAUUUAAAAAUCUGUUAAGCUGGUGGGAAACGAUGAUUCCCACCAGCAAGAGGUGCUAUAGAGCAACUUGUACACAGUUGGUUGGUAUAGCACACGAUUUUGAAUGUUUAACCUUCAAUCUUGUACUUCCGUUUAUAAAUGUAAGUUAUUACAAGGAAA